CCACCAUGGCCUUCCACGCGGCCGGCGCGGUUCAGAACGUCGCAUCUGUUACCGCCGACCUGUGGCCCUCCAUGUCCACCUUCUUGCGAUCUCCCCGCCACGGCCUCGGGCGAAAGCCCAUGGCUGCGGGCGUCCGCCAGCUCCACACGGCAGGGCCAUCGCCGUCUGCCUUGGUAGCAGGAGCGCAUCCACGCGCGCAAGUUUCUCGCCCCGAACACGCCGAAUCCGCUCCCUUUGCUACUGCUCGUACCACUGCGUCUUCUCCACUAUCCGCAGCAUCGCGACUCGGACUAGGCAACUCUUUCGCUAGCACUUCGCCAUUCGCCUCGCUCAAGGCUCGCCAAUACUCUACCAUGUCUCGCAACGGCCCUCUAUCGCACCUCCGCCAGCUAUCAAAGCCCGGACUGCUCGGAUUGAAUCUCGUACAACAACGCUCGCUCUUCGGUGGACCUUCGCACGAACAGCUUGCUCGGCUAGAGCAAGCGGCUAACAAGCAUGCAAACAGCGCAGCAUCCCAGGCUACAUUCUACUCUGCACUUAUGCGCGCCAACAUGCCUCAAAUCAUCAUCAACCGGUACAACACAGGACUCUUCGCCACGAAUGACGUCGUCGACAAGCUCUACAAUGAGGCCUUGGCAAAGACUGGACAGCUCAAUGGCAGCCAAGAGGGACUCUCGCCCGAAAAACGACAGGCCAUCACUCAGGCUCUCGGGGCCAACGCCAACUCUGCUCAGGUCGCCAGAACCAAAGGCGGCAGUGGCGUUAAGACCGACCCUGUCUAUGUUGUUGUCGAAGAGUCGAUGAUGAAUGUCAUUUUCAAGUGGGUCCGAUGGAUUUGCGGUUUCGCCCUGGCUGCCUACGUAUCCCUGGUUCUGAUUACACUAUUCGUCGAAACUAGCGGUGUCCUCAAAAAGGUCGGCGGUGGUACUACCGCCGAGGUUCGCCCGGAACAGCAGACCACACGUUUUAGUGACGUCCACGGUUGUGAUGAGGCCAAGGAAGAACUAUUGGACGUAGUCGACUUUCUCAAAAACCCAGACAAGUACAACAAGCUCGGUGGAAGGCUGCCCAAGGGUGUUCUCCUGGUUGGUCCUCCCGGUACCGGUAAAACCCUGCUUGCUCGUGCCUGCGCGGGUGAAGCUGGCGUUCCGUUCUUCUACAUGUCUGGAUCUGAAUUCGACGAAGUCUAUGUUGGUGUAGGAGCCAAGCGUGUCCGCGAACUCUUCACUGCUGCUCGUUCCAAGGCGCCUGCUAUUGUGUUCAUCGACGAACUGGAUGCCGUUGGCGGCAAGCGAAAGUCCCGCGACGCCAACUACCACCGCCAGACUCUUAACCAGCUUCUCAACGACCUCGACGGUUUCGACCAAAGCACUGGUGUCAUCUUCAUCGCCGCAACGAACCACCCUGAACUCCUAGACAAGGCACUUCUCCGUCCCGGACGUUUCGAUCGCCACGUUCAAGUUGAGCUUCCUGAUGUCGGCGGACGACUGGCCAUACUCAAGUACCACACCAAGAAGAUUCGUCUUUCGCCUGAUAUCGAUCUCUCUACCAUCGCUCGAGGCACUCCUGGAUUCUCUGGUGCUGAGUUGGAAAACCUUGCAAACUCGGCAGCUAUCCGUGCCUCCAAGCUUCAGGCCAAGUUUGUGACCCUCAACGACAUGGAAUGGGCCAAGGACAAGAUUACAAUGGGUUCCGAGAAGAAGACGCGCACGAUUCCGCUCCAAGACAAGAUCCACACCGCUUACCACGAAGGCGGUCACGCGCUCGUCGGUCUCUUCACCAAGGGCUUCAACGAUGUGCACAAGGCAACAAUUCUUCCCCGUGGUCACGCUGCCGGUAUUACAUUCUUCCUUCCCCAGGAAGAGCACCAUCACACCCGCAAGCAGUACAUUCGCCAACUACAAGUGUCCAUGGGUGGAAAGAUGGCAGAGGAAAUUGUUUUUGGUGCCGAUAACGUAGCCGACGGUGCUUCUGGCGAUAUCCAACAAGCAACCUCGCUCGCCUAUAACAUGGUCACUGCGUGCGGCUUCUCGGACAAGCUCGGUAAUGUCGACUUCAAGUCCAACUACGAAAUGGUGUCCCCGGAGACCAAGCGACUCAUCGACGACGAAGUGCGGCGCUUGAUAGAUGAAGCAAAGUCGAGCGCAAGAGAGCUACUUCAGUCGAAACGUACUGAGCUGGACCGCCUCGCCGAUGCACUUGUUCAGUACGAAACUUUGGACAAGGAAGAGAUUCUCAAAGUGAUCCGGGGCGAGGAUCUUCCCAAUCGACUGAAGGCCAUGCCAAAUCAGCCCAUCAAAAUACCAGACAGCCCUCUUCCGACUGCCAUAUUGCCUCCACCAAGAGGCGACGGUGGCGAUGGUUCCGGACCGCCGGGACCGCCACUGCCUGCAUAGUGAAUUAUUCAGAAUGAGGAGAGAUAUUAUGAAGGGAAGAAAAGAUGAGUAAUGCUCAGUUAAGCAUGUAUGCAUAGACGAGGCAAAAUGGUGUUCGUUUUCCGCCUCGUUCUCUUCCCUCAUCGGCAAAAGGGUUCAUGACAUUUUUCGUUUUUUUUGUACAAUAAUUGGUUUUGACACUAGGAAACCUCACCCACACCCACACCCAGUCCAUGCGCUCUCUAUUCAUAACUUUGUGAAUACGAGAAGAAUGAUAAAGAAAGAAAACAACAA